AUGCAAGAGAAGGGGUAUCAAUUUGCGACCAUAUGCUCAUCCAACGUGAACCGAAGUAUGGAAGCGCAUAGUCUCUUCAAGAAAAACCAUCUCCGCGUCUGCUCGUAUGGAACGGGUAGAAAAAUCAAAAUUCCAGGUCUUUCCGAGAAGAAACCUCUAGAAUAUGGAUUCGGAACUGAAUAUGAAACGAUUCUAAACGACUUGAUUGAAUUAAAUAAAGACUUUUUUACGGAGCGCGAAAUUAUUCCGAUGAUACAGCGAGACAAAGGAGUCAAGAAAGCUCCACAGCGUUUUCAAGAUGAAUUCGACUUGAGCUUUAUUGAUGUGUGUAUCUGCUUUGACGAGCACGUCUUCGACUCAGUGGUUGAAGAGCUGCAAUUUCGCGGAUGUUCAAAGAUUAAACCGAUUUUUGUGUUCAAUAUUCACGUUAAGGAUCGAGUCUCGACGGCUCGAGAGGGCGCGAAGCACGCUCUUCGUUUGGCUGAAAUGGUAUGGAUGGAGUGGGUAGCUGAAUGA